UUGAAGUGGAAGAACAACUAUGAAUAUUUUUUGUCUUCUAAUUUGUGUGUCUUCUGCUUAUCAGAUCACAGUCUCAGAUAAAGAUGGUGAAACUGAUCUUUGUAAGAGCGUUUCAACGGGUAUAAAAAAAUUGGAGAGAAAGAUGGAUAAAAAACUUGAAAAAAUGGUGACGACACUUCAACAGAGUAUAGACAAUAAAUGCAGUAAUGAGCAUUUAAAAGAAGUAGCAAAAGGAAAAGCAGCACAGCAAAGUUCAACAUAUAAGGAUCAUUUUCCUGCUGGAACGGCCGUUGAUGGUAAUAUUGGGACUUUUUCUACCACCCAGCACGAAUACAAUCCAUAUUGGUGGGUAGAUCUUGGAAGAAUAUACAGAGUUAAACGUAUUGAAGUGUAUAGCCGAAAAGACUGUUGUGGCUCCAGACUGUAUGACACUGACGUUACGGUAGGACCUUCUCUUAACAACAUGUCUUUAUGUAAAUAUUAUAAAGGUCCUGCAACUACAGGGGAACAUGUCGUCUUAGACUGUAAAGAUAAAAUGGUUGGACGUUAUGUGAAACUUGUUGUUAAAACCGGUGAUAAAAGAGCGUAUAUGCAGAUCGCAGAAGUAAAAGUGUUUGCGUAUCAAUAA